AUGAGAAUAAAGACGGAGAUUGAUGGCGAGGGCCUGGACAAGCAGUGGGCCCAGAGGUACAUUCUCGACCCGCUCACGGCGCCCGAGCCCAGCCAGGAGGCCAUGACGAGGUCCGGCACCUCGACCGCGCCCUCGGCCUCGGCCGCGUACGUCGACUACCGGCGGCAUCACCCGCCGUCCUUUUUCUCGGCAGCCCGCAGUCUCAAGAAGCUGUCGCUGGACGAGGUCCGGCGGCCCGUCGCCAGCGGCAGCAGCAGCAGGGCCGCCAACGACGACAACGACGACUCGUCCCGGUAUCCCACGCCGCCGUCGUCGGCGGGCUCGGCGGGCAGUCCCACGGGCCGCGCGGCUGCUGCUCGUGGCAGUGGCAGUGGCAGUGGCAGUGGUGAUGGGAGCGGCAGCGGCAGCGGCGCUGCGGCCUCUGGGUCUGGGCCUGGGCCUGGCCCCCGGGGCCAUGCGGCGCCGCUCCACCCCUCCAACCCGUUUGCGACCACUACGUCAUAUGCCCGGCUCGACACGCACGCAAGGCACGGCGACGAAAUCAGUCCACCGCUCUCUCCUCAACACCACCGCAGCAACUCCAAACCCUCUGCCUCGUCUCGCAGCUCGCAUCACGCCCCGUCGCAGCAGCAUCAAUUGAGGACUCAUCGCCGCCACCCCAGCGCCCCGACACCCUCCGGCUCGUGGUUCGACGAGCCCGGCCCGCUCCCGAGCCAUCCGCAUCUCCAUCCGCCUCGCCCGCGCGACCACCACCACCGCCGCAACCUCAGCGUCGCCAGCAACACCACCGGCAACAGCACCAGCAGCAACAACAACAUCAAGGGCAACGACGACGACAACAACACCAACACCAACACCACCACAAACCUCCAGCGCCACCGCUCCCUCCGCCAGCGCUACCCCGGCGACAUGUCGCACCGCCCGCUCGACAUGCUCCGCGCCGACGCCCGCGCCGCCGACCGCGGCCCGCACCAGCGCCACCGCAAGCGCAUCUCCGACACGGACACCAUCGACGCCCUCGACACCAUCGGCGGCGCCUACCACCACGGCGGGCCCUACGACGCGACCCUCACCAGCCGCAACCUCAACGCAAAGUACAGCCCCGUCGCCGCCGUAAAGGCCUCCAACGAGGCCGCCCUGCGCGCCACCCCGCGCGAGAACAUCCAGGACAGCCUCGAGCGCCACGUUCCCCUCCAGGGUACCGCCACCAUCCCCGCUGGCGCCCGCGACAUGAGCGGCCGCAUCAUGGACUACGAGGAGGGCGCCGACCUCAUGCGCGAGCCCGAUGCCGACGGCGGCGCCUACAAGCGCUGGCCCGGCGUGCAAUACCAUCCCGACGACUACAAGGGCAAGGGCGAGCCCUCCUUCACCAUCGAGCGGGACCUCAAGGCCCGCAAGCACGGCAAGCACCUCAGCGAGGCCGACGCCUUUGAGAUGCACCCGGGCGUCAACCGCCGUGCCGCCCGCCAGCGCAGCGCCAGCAACGCCGACCAAGAGGGCUCCGCGAGCGGCAACGCCUACGGCGGCGGCGGUACCGGCGAGGGCGUGCGUCGCAGCCACUCGACGGGCAAGAAGUUUAGCGAGGGCAUCAAGCGCCGCUUCGGCAGCCUGCGGCACAAGAAGCCGGCCGAGGUGCAGUAG